CCAUUGACACUCCCAUUCACGGAAUCUGAUCUGACAACAUCUUUCUUACCAACACGAAACCGUAGGAUUUAAACUACCACCUGCUCUCGUCUUGGAGUUAUUUUGGCCUCGAUUCGAUCAGGAACGACAAGACAACUACAAAUAUUUAGGGGUUAAGAGUUAGGGAUCAAAUUGUUUUGCUGGAUGAUCCCGAGAGAGCAACUCGUAGCUAGUGAUGCCGUGGGAGCACGAGAGUCCCGGUAUUCUGUAGUCUGAUAGAGACUACCCCUCAUCAUCAUGGAGUCCAACGGCCAAAAUGCACCGGACGACUCGUCCCUGAGACCAGUCUCGUCCCUGAGAUCCCAUUUCGAGAGCAUGGGCAAGACCAAAGAGGGUGCCAAAGAUGGUGUAAAAGAUGGUCAAGCAGCUGUCAAUGCCCCGCCUAGUAGAAAUCAGUCACCGUCUCCGAAGCCUCCACCAAUUCCAGACACCAGACCUAGCCGAAGCGUGAACGUGCCUCCUGAAAAUGGAAGACCCAAGACCAGAGAUUCCUUGAUUGCUUCGAGUCGCCAUUCCAUCCAGAUUGUAGCUCCGCCGGCGUUAAGUCCCAAACCUAUCAAACCGCCUGCCGUCUUGAUAGAACCACCUCAGUCACCACCGAAACCAAGACCGCUCUCCGUCUUACAAAAUGACCAGAGUGCUCAUCUCUUCCCCGAAGCCUCAAAAUCUCCCAAUACUCCAGUUGCUUCCUCGCCCCGGUCGUUUAAAAUUCCUAGUCGACCGCAUACGCCAGUGGUCGAAACCGGCCGAUCUCCUAGGCUCAUAGCCACAACCCAACCGCCGUCACCACCGCCUCCACGAAGGUCUGCUGAGCUAAAGAGGGAACGCGAGGCCAGGGCAUCACCACCUAUUCCGCCACCGAUAAAUCGUGCCGAGAAACCAGCCAAUCGACUUUCUAGGCUAAUGGAGAACGCAUCUCAACUGGAAUUGACACCUCAGGUCUCAGAGGCACGUUCUCCAUUCAACAGUCCUCCAAGUAGCCCUGAGAAUGAAGAUCUUCCAGUGCUUCCAUCACGGCCAGCGCGGCUACCGCCUCAAAAUGCGAUGCCAAGAACGAGUGCGGUACCAAAAGGCGUUGAAUCCUCUUCUGUUCACCAAACAGUUGCAGCUAUCCGCCGAGACAACGAGAUCAAUGGAAACACUCGGGCACCCAUCUCACCUCGACUUAUGGACGACCGACCGGCCCUUCCAGCUCGGCCACAGACUGUCACUGAGCCAGCGCAUACCCGAAUCCCAGCGAAUGCUGCUGCGAAAGCACCACCUCGACCUCCAAGGCCUUCUGUAACGACUACAAGCGCAAUUACGGAUGGACCUGUGUCUCCACAGCCUAAACGUAUUUCUUCGACACCAACCAGCCAACUUGCGCCUCCGACGUCUCGUACUCACGGGAGGUCUAUGACAGUAGAUCGACACUCCGAGAAGGUCCCGGCCGAGUUCCAAGAUCCUAGCAGAUCUUCUUAUUCAUCGGACCCGACUUCUACAGGCCAGGUAGAGAUUGUAUCUCAAUAUCCCGAUCCAACCAAGAUAAACCGCCGGCCACCCUUCAUAAAACAGGGCGCUCAUGAGAUCCACACAAAGUAUGAUGCUAGGUUACUCGAUGUCUGCGGACAAUAUGCUUGUACUACUGGCCAUCUCACGCGAGUCUGGAACCUCCUUGACGGCGAACUUGUAGUGAGUUUCGCUCACGGAGAGGGAGUCAAAGGAACCGCAGUGGCAUUCAGACCAGGAGCAAAUGUGGACGAGGAGGGAAUACGGAUUUGGAUUGGUAACAAUAUUGGCGAAAUCAUAGAAGCCGAUGUUACAUCUCAUAACAUAACCGAAACUAAACCGAAUGCUCAUGGCCGAUAUGAAAUAGUCAAGAUUUACAGGCAUUACAAUGAGAUGUGGACUCUCGAUGAAGGAGGAACACUGCACGUGUGGGGACCAGACAGCGACGCGGUACCGAAUUUAGGCCUCAACCCCGAUCAGACCUACAGACUGCCUAAAGGACAUACAUUUUCCAUGGUGGUUGGCGAUGACUUAUGGCAUGCUGCAGGCAAAGAAAUCCGCAUCUUUACGCCUACUACCGGUGGCCGAAAUCAAUUGCAGGUUCUAAUGAGACCCCUGGUCGCGGAGGGAGCAGGCGACGUGACCUCUGGAACCCUCAUGAAGUCGCAGCCGGGCAAAGUCUUCCUGGGUCAUAACGACGGCAAAGUCAGCAUCUAUUCCCAGAAGGAUUAUGCAUGUCUGAGCGUGCUCAAUGUCAGCUCAUACAAGAUCAAUUCCCUUGCGGGCAUGGGAAAUAAUAUAUGGGCGGGCUUCAAUUCUGGUAGGAUCUGUGUAUACGAUAUGACGAAGUCGCCCUGGGUCAUCAAGAAGGAAUGGCAGGCUCAUGACAAUCCGGUUAUAAAAGUUAUCGCUGAUCCUUCAAGCUUCUAUAGACUUGAUCGGUCGCAAGUCAUCACUCUCGGAGCAGACAAUAUGGUAAAAACCUGGGAUGGGUUGCUGCAAGAUGAUUUUUUGGAAAACGAGAUGAAGUCUCUCGAUACGCAGUACUGCAAAUUCGAGGACAUCAAAGUUUUGGCGAUGACGUGGAAUGCCGGGGCCUCGACACCCAACAGCCUAAGAUAUUCCGAAUCCGAUGCUAUAUUCAUACAGAAUCUGUUGCAAUCAAGCGAUUCUCCAGAUAUAAUUAUUUUUGGAUUCCAAGAACUGGUCGACCUAGAAGAUAAAACGGCGACGGCGAAGCGAUUUUUCAAACCGAAGAAGAAAGAUGCGUCGGACCAGGAGAAGAUGAGCCAUCAAUACCGAGACUGGAGGGAUUUCCUCGUCAGGAGUCUCGACGAUUAUAUGCCCGCCGAUCACCUCUACCACCUACUGCAAACAGCAACUCUAGUGGGCCUUUUUACCUGCAUAUUCGUGAAGUCGACUCUCCGUGAUCGCAUACGGAAUCUCAGCAAUAGCGAGAUCAAGCGUGGAAUGGGAGGUUUACACGGAAACAAAGGUGCCAUCAUCGUGCGGUUUAUGAUAGACGACACUUCACUCUGUUUCAUCAACUGCCAUCUCGCGGCUGGCCAAUCAGGAGCGAAUCAACGACACAACGAUAUUGCGGCGAUCAUGGAAACGGCUCUCCUGCCUGUGGAACGCGAUCCGAGCGUACGUGUCGACAGUUACGUAGGAGGGGGCGAUGGAACGAUGGUCCUUGACCAUGAGCUAUGCUUGCUUAACGGCGAUCUCAAUUAUCGUAUCGACACCAUGUCACGGGAUACGGUAGUCAUCGCGGUGAAGCAAAAUAACCUUGCUAAGCUUCUCGAGCGCGAUCAGCUCCUAGUGGCUCGUCGAAGGAACCCGGCAUUCAAGCUCCGAGCUUUUGACGAGAUGCGUAUCGAAUUCCCGCCGACAUACAAGUACGACGUAGGAACAGAUAAUUACGAUACUAGCGAGAAGAAGCGGUCACCGGCUUGGUGCGAUCGCCUCCUUCACCGAGGUUUUGGCAGAAUACAGCAACUUGAAUAUAGGCGGCACGAGGUCAGGGUGUCAGACCACCGACCCGUAACCGGUCAGUUCAGGUUUACGAUCAAGUCUAUCUCGCCUAAGAAGCGGACGCUGGCUUGGGCAGACUGCCAACAGCGCUUCGAAAACCUCAAAGGGAAGGAGGCGAAUGCGGAUAUGCUUUAUUAUCUCACGCAUGUCAUCGGCUACGAUUCAGAAACGAGUAAACAGAUACUACGCGAUAGAGCUGGCAGAUAAAACGGCGUGACCCAAAUCCGCAAUGGGUAGGAUAGAAGCGGUUCGGUCUAACCCCGUACAUAUAGAUGCCCAGCAAACAAGAGAAAGAAAAGGAGGUGCUCUCCCGGU